AUGGUGAUGCUGAGACGAAACGGCAACGCAUCGGUUUCUUCGGACUUUGGUGCGGGUGUUCAUCUGCGGCCUUCCUGGCAUGGGAUGCUCGUGGACGAGAUUGAGGACCUGCCGGGCCAACCUGGUCUACGCUUAGGCGACUGCAUCCGACAAAUACAAUCGCCAGGGCGGAACUGGCAAAAGCUGUAUGACCAGGACCCGGAAGACUGCGAACUGGCUUUUGCCCAGUCCUUCCAAGACGGUGCCUGUGUGCUUGUGGAGCCACAGUGCGAGACCUCAGGAGACCUGCCAGAAGGGGUGGAGGGUUUGUUGGAUGUGACGCGGCUGCGGGCAGAUCUGGCGAGUUUCAGUACAGACUAUGAUGUGGAGCUCCGACUUUCCCGGCCAGCACAAGUCAUGCUCGUUGGCCCACAAUCUGCAGUCGCGGCCGCACGCCUCCCCGCCUCGCAACUGCUCAAGAAGCACAUCGGAUCGACCAUGUCAGUGCCUGCACCCACCUCCUUUUACUCCCAGAAGAGGGCUCCUGUACUCGUGCCACCGGUAGAAUCCACGGUAGGAGCACCUUCGGAGUUGAAUUUGCUGCCGCAGCUGGCUGGCUCCAUUAACUUUCUGCUGAUUCAGUCUUGGAGCAUCUCGGACCCUGAGAAGCCGUUGCGUUUCAGGGUCGAUGACAACCCAGCGGAGUUUCACUGGUGUGCUCCACCAGAUGACAUGUGCAAGGGCUGGGAGCAGGGCAACGAUGGUCUGGCAGUGCUGCCUCAAGAGUCGUCUGGUGGUUGGACGGUUUGGUGUUUCUGUGGUGAGAAGAUGGAGUUCCGUUCAAUUCAAGAACCUUGUCGGCUCGAGCUCCCCUGCGCUUGUCAAACUUGUGGCAAUUUUGCGUACACUGGCCUUCGAUUCCUGUCACCUGGGGACGGCAUCUGGCAUUGCCCUGCAUGCGGGGCAGCUGAACAGACAAAGAAGGGAACACAGGAGCCGUUGGGGAUACCAGGGUCGUCAGAACUCAGGAUGCUGCGAGAGCAGGGUCAUGUGUUGCUAGAAUGUGCACGCCUUUCGCUUGGCAAAGACGCUGCCUACAAGGCUCUUGGGCAAGAGUUCCACUUUGGGCAGUCUGGUGUGUCAGCGGCGGUUCGUGCCAUUCACGCCCUGCGGAAGAUUGUGCCACAGCAGUCUGACGCUAGUCUGCCGGUCUCUGCACAGAAGCGGCGUCUCCUCCGAUUGCGUGACGAUGAAGGCGGCGGCCGUGCUCUGACAGCUGCCCUGAAAGAGAGCAUGUGCCAGGACGUGAAGGACACUUUGCUUUUCGGAUUUGCGAAUGCAGGUCACGUUGGCCUCCUACGUCUCCUUCUCGAAGCACGGUGCAGCGCCAACGUGCAGCGCAAGAAGGAUGGAUGCACGCCUCUACAUUGUGCCCAGAUCCACGGCAGGAAGCAGGCUGCGGAUGUGCUUGUUGCCCACGGCGCCUCGCGGGACUUGCGCAAUGAUGCCGGCGAGACUCCCGACGACAUCGCGCAGAAGUGA